AUGCACAUAGAGAGAAGGCUGCGCUGCCAGACAAUGACCCCUGUUAUGAUUGCACUACCAGCCGAGGUAUUCACUUCUGAAAGCAGCGCUGGACUCACGGGGGGCUCUGGAACUGGACAAGUGCGAGUCGUGAUCAGCCUGUGUUUGUCUGGAGGUGAUACAAAUGUGUGGAGAAAAAAGCUUAUGGACAGGAAGUGUGUGGUUUUCAGACGUCAUCCUUUUACCAUUUCCUACUUGUGUAAUAUUUAUCUAUUAAAACUCUUCCCACAGUAA